UGUGAUACAGGCAGGAAUUUGGGGGGAUGGCUUAAUGCAGUUUUCGACAUUAUGGACCAUGAGUGGAUGCAGGCUGUGGAUCCAAACAGAGCCACUUCGGAACAGCUCCUUGGGUGUGGGUACAGACAUGGCAUGGACAAUGGCAGCAAAAUUGCAGAGGACUCCCUUCGGAAGUAUGAGUUACAAUCAAUGAAUGCCACAGAAUUUUGCAUCGUGUACAAGGAAUUUGAUUACUUGGUAAUCUGGAAUAUUUUUUCUUGAGUGACUUUAGGAAGAGAAGGAAGCCACUCAAUCAAUUC